AUGAAAUUCUUCUCAGCUCUCACCUUUUCGGCAAGCAGCCUGAUCCUCGGCACUCUCGCGGCGGCAGCCCCAGAACCAGCUGUGAUCGGAGCAACUGUGGCUCCAUACAGCAUCACUUGUGCGGGUUUCAACACGGGCAGUCCCUUGUCCAUCGGCGAUAUCCAUUGGGCUCUCAAGAACAGAAGAGAUGAGCUGGAUCUCAAGGCUGGAUCUUGGAAUCAAGAAGACCUCACUUGCGUCAGUACCGACGGACGCAAGAUUCAGCAAUAUGCAGUCAUAUUCAUGCACAACCAUGCGCGCAGCAACCCGCAAGGUAUGACGCAGCUGGCCAAGGACAGGGUUCUUUGCACUGCUUCGAGCGAAUGGAUAUUUAGCUGCUCUCGGGUCUAA